AUGUGGUUGUCUGUACCUACCUACUUGUAUUUCCUCAUUUACGUGGUUCAUGACAACUACCUAUUUAUUCAUCUGUUCUGCUGCGCCUAUGUGGAAGGCAUGCUAGUCUGCCAACGCAUCAGUAGAAGCUUCGAUUUGGAGUUAAAACUAAAACUCUUCGGCAUGAAUCGCCUUAAUGAUGGGACGGUAAUGCAAAACGGACUUGCUGGACAUGAUGGAUAUGCAAACACAGUCAAAGUUCUGAUUCAUCUAAAUGAAAAGCCGGAGUCCUAG